UUAUUGCUGUAUUGUGAGUCGACGCAGCUCUCGUCUUCUUCUUCCCACCAGCAUUCAGUACAGUGUGAGUGGUGCAGUGUUUGCAACGUGCCGUACCGUAUCCUUCGACAUUAUUCAGUUUUGUCAGUCUGUGCUGCGCACCAAACCGUGUGGUCGCUGAUCGGGCGUAAAAGGUGGACCUGUAGGCCGUAGGGUAGGCUACGUUGUCGCUUUUAUUGCUCACUGGCUGACUGGUGUUGUUGACACUGAUAUAAUUUGAAUUAAUUGUGCACAAUAAAUUAAACUGUACUGGUACCAAGAUAUUCUAACUGUUCCACCGUUCAGCGAUAAAAAGGAUGACAAAGCAGACACCUCUAACAUGCAGUGGCCAUACUCGCCCUGUCGUGGACUUGACUUUCAGCGAUAUAACUGAAGAUGGCUAUUUCUUGAUCAGCGCAUGCAAGGAUGGAAAGCCGAUGUUGCGACAAGGACAUACAGGAGAUUGGGUUGGUACAUUCCAGGGACAUCAUGGUGCAAUAUGGGCUGCUACUUUGAAUAAAGAUGCAACAAAAGCAGCAACUGGAGCAGCUGAUUUCACUGCUAAACUCUGGAAUGCUGUUACUGGUGAUGUUGACGCAUCAUUUCCACAUAAACAUAUUGUCAAAGCUGUAUCAUUUUCUCCAGAUGGAUCAAAGUUAUUAACAGGAGGUCAAGAAAAAACACUUCGUUGCUUCAAUAUUGAGAAAACAGAUGCAGAUCCAGAGGAAAUAGGGAAACAUGAGGGAAGUAUAAAGAAAACGUUAUGGAUUGAUGAAAAGAUUGUUUUAAGUGCGUCAGAGGAUAAAACAAUAAGGAAGUGGGAUACAUCAACCAAUAGUGAAGUUCAACAAGUUAAACUAGAUUCAACAGUAACAGAUAUUGAACUGUCGCAAGAUAAAACAACACUUCUUGUCACCAAUAAUAAAACCAUAUCUAUAUUCGAUGUCGAAAGGUUAGACAAGCAGAGAGAUUUCACUCUUCCAACUCAAGUAUAUUCAGCAAGUUUGCAUCCACACAAAAAAUAUAUUGUUGCAGGAGGAGAUGAUUUCAAACUGUAUAAAUAUGAUUUUAAUACUUUGAAGGAACAAGAUUCAUACAAAGGGCAUUUUGGACCUGUUCAUGCUGUAAGGUUUUCUCCUGAUGGUGAAUUAUAUGCAAGUGGUAGUGAGGAUGGCACAGUACGAUUGUGGCAAACUAAUGUCGGCACAAAUUAUGGAUUGUGGAGAUGUGUACAACCAGGAGAAGAUGAAGCUGUCCCAGUCACCAACUCAUCUUCUGAAAUAAAAUACAUGCCUUGAAAGAGAUGUUCAAGGUUUCAGGUGUUCUAUAUUAUCAAGAUAUGAUAGAAGAUACCUUGGAGUAUAGGGUUUAUGUUGGCUCUGAAUCGACCGGUUGAUGAUAUAUUUUAUUUUCUCUUUUGAUCAUGAAAAGAAAUAGGAAAUUUAUGACUUAUUUUUUUUUUUUUUUCUAAGUUAGCCUGUGAUUAUAAAUUUAUAAUCGCUGAUAACAUUACUCUAUCUUCAUGCUUCUUGUGUGCGUAAUACACUGCCCUUUAGUGAUAAAUUUGUAAAGUUUAUACGAGGGAAGUGUGGGUCAAAAAUUUCACUUAUUUAAAAGCAUUGUGCCCCGAUAUCUUAUUCAUUAAAACUGUAACAAAACAA